UUGACUUCAGCUAGCAGGAAGUCAACUGCAGUCGUUUGAAAGAUGGCGGCGCACACGCAAAAGAACAACAAGCCGGGGAAAGCGUCGGGGAAGGCAUCUCAGCCUCUGAUAAUCGCCAAAACCCCGGCGGAGGAGCAGCGUCUGAAGCUUGAGAGGUUGAUGCGAAACCCGGACAAGCUCGCUCCAAUCCCAGACCGACUUAAAGAAUGGAACCCGCGGGCCCCGCCGGAGUUCGUCCGGGACGUUAUGGGCUCCAGCGCCGGGGCGGGCAGCGGCGAGUUCCACGUUUACCGGCACCUCCGCCGCAGAGAGUACCAGAGACAGGACUUCCUGGACAAGGUGGCAGAUAAGCAGGACAAGGACGUGGAGUAUCUGGACAAGGUGGAGCAGAACAAGCAGGCGGCCGACGAGAGGACGGCCAAGCGCCGGAAGAAGCGCGAGAAAAUGAAGGAGAAGAAGCUCAUGGCGAAGAAGGCGAAACUAGAAGGUGACAAUAAGACGGAAGACGGCGCCAAUAAGAGCUCAGAAGACAGUGAAGAGGAUGAGGACCGAGAGGCUGAAGAUGAUGCGGAGGCACCGAGCUUCAUCAUGGGGAAGAAAUAAGUGUUUCCUGCGGCCGAGGAGAGCCCAAGAGAUCCAAGGAAAAGACAAAGACACGUCAGUGGUGGACCCUGCGUUGCCACGGGACUGUUUGGACUGUCUACUUUCAGAGACAAGACCCCACAAUAGUCGUCAGUGUCCCAGUUUGAAAGAAAAGAUGUUGACUCUUCUGGUUCUUUUUUUUAUCAAUCGAGAGUUAGAUCAUACAUUUCAGCUAAUAAUCAUAUUUAGAGAUUUCAAUAAUUGGCUAAAGUGGAAUUUUUUAAUCUUCUAUAUUGUUUGCAACGUUGUCAAUGUUUUUAAUAAAAAAAAGUCAUGUACAUAACAUCAGUGUUAUUGCAUUUGUUUACAUUGGAGAUUGGUAUUAAAUGGCCGGUAAAUACGAUGAUAUGAGAAAAUCAUCAUCUGUGUAUUAGGUCUAUCUGCAUUUUGUAUGUAAGCAGCAUCUGUGCAGCCUUGUGAGCCUGCCCCUCGCAAACCCUGUUGCCUGUGGGCCACAACAAGGCUGCAGAAAGCAACACAAAGAAUGAAAAGGCGUGACUUCUCGAGGCUCGGGAGCUUCACGUGCGAUGUUCCUUGGACAGACUCCUGCCUCCCACGGAGGUGGUGGUCCCGCUCUGUGGCCAUCACCUUUCUUGAGGCAGGUAGAGCAAAGAAACAAAAAAAAAUGGCAGCUAGAUAUUGUUUGAAGCUGAAGAAGCUCUUCCUUUCAGACACAUUCCCCUGCCACACUCCUAUUUUGACACACACACUCACACUCAACACUUAUGAGUGUUAUUGUUAUUUUUCUCUUUAUAUUGCUGAUGUAAGCUUUAGACAUUUGCAUGUAGGCCUGUUGGAUACAGACAUUCAGGCUUCAGUUUAUCUGCCGUGAAGAUUAUAUCUGAUCAAUUUGAAACCUGUUUUAAAAUUCCCCUCUUGUCCUCUUGGGGCUUCUGCCACUGCCUAAAUUCUAUGAUUUGUAAUUUAAAGCCUUAUAACGACUGAUAUAUAUAAAUCACAAACUAGCUCUUAAAUAUGUUUAUGUAGGUCUUAAUUAUGUUAAUUUUAACUUUGCUACUUUCAUUUUUAAGGUAAAUGUUUGGGCGUACGUGCACAGUUUAUUAUGUUUGUAUGUGUUUUAGUUAUAUCUCAGUGAUGUGGAUAUUAGCACAACAAUCUGACGGUAUCUCACUGCACAGUGAAAGACUGUACCUACUGUCCAAGAAGGUCGUUUUUAAGACAGUGUAGUGUUUUGAACGUUUACCUAAUUUGCUUCUUCACCUUAUCUUUAACUAUAGGGAAGUGUAAGUAAUUCUGGAACUCUGAUAUAGCUUCAUAUCUGUUGUACUUGACGUAGAACUUCAUUAUGAAUCCUGCAGAAACCCUGCCCUUAUGGGUUGCUGCGUCUGUCAAUUAUCUUGUUUAAGCUUGGGUCAAAAUGUCUUCUGAAAUGUCUUGACAUUUAAACUGGCAGACCAGCUGUAGCUUCUACAUGUGCUGUUUCUUAAUCUUUGUCUCUAGACUAACUGUUGGUUUCAUGUAGCCACUCUCUUGAAUCUGCAUCUUCACCCUCCUGAUCUCCUCAAAAUAACAUUGUGCUGCCGUGAUUUAUGAAUUGUGUGUGUAUUAUAAACUGCAGAUCUCUUAAAUUGGAUCCAGCUCUCUGUUGGGGGAUAUCUCCUGUUUAAGAUGCAUGUGAGUUCCCCUGGGAGAGUGAGUCAGGAACAGCAUAGAAUUCUAAUAAAAUGUGGGUCAGUGUAAAAAAACAACUAAUUACUCAUUUUAUUUCAGUGAAUCAAAUUAAGAUUCUGAGUUUAGCUUCUCGCAUGUUUAAUCAUUUUGUAUUAAGUCAGUCCAUUAACUGGCAUAAAUGAAAAAUGACUUUUGAUGGUUGGAUAUGAUUCAAGAUGAAAAGAUAGAGAAAUAAAUGGAAAUGCAGUGUACAGUGUAAAUCACAAAGUGUUUGUAUGCACAUCCAUAUUGGUAUGUGUCAUUUAAUAAAACAUGUCAGGUAAAGAA